UAAAUACACUUGAUAAUUGAAUUGAACAAUAAUUACAAUGAAUUAUAAACGAUACAUUCAAGUGUCUAUGUAAAAUGUGCCAGGCUGUCCAAUGAUGCUGCUUAAAGGUAGGUGUACUAGGGCGUACGGAGCAGAUACUUGCUGGAAUUGCAGUCUCUUGAAUCCCCAAGGGGCUUCUCAAGCACGCAAAAACGCACCGGCAAAUCUCAUACCAUGCCAGCGGACAAAGAACCAAGACGGCCUUUGCCCAAAGCAAUAGUAGAGCGUCGCUAUUUGCACGCAGACUAGUUGGCUUGACACGGAAGAGCGAGUUCGAGACAACUUAAGAGUGUGCAAAACGUUGGGAUAUCGUCAAAAGAAGAGGGAAAAGCAUCGGUAGAUUCGCAAGGAGAGGCAGAAAAAUUCAUUAUUGGUCCUU